UUUAUGAUUCUUUUGUCUCAGACAAAGUCGAGCUCUUGAAAUUGAGUCUUCGUUCUCUUUCUCUCUCGCGAAGAUGUGGGCCAGUGCGGAAGGAGGGCCUCCGGAGGUCACGCUCGAGACCUCAAUGGGUCCUUUCACAGUUGAGCUAUACUACAAGCACGCGCCGAGAACUUGCAGGAACUUCCUUGAACUCUCUCGCAGAAACUACUACGACAAUGUUAAAUUCCACAGAAUCAUCAAGGAUUUUAUGGUGCAAGGUGGGGAUCCCACAGGGACAGGAAGGGGUGGAGAAUCCAUAUAUGGUCUGAAGUUCGACGAUGAGAUUAGAACAGAGUUAAAGCAUACUGGGGCCGGUAUUUUGUCCAUGGCAAAUGCUGGUCCGAAUACAAAUGGAAGUCAGUUUUUCAUCACCCUGGCACCAUGUCCAUCACUGGACGGAAAACACACAAUAUUUGGAAGAGUGUGUAGGGGAAUGGAGAUAAUCAAAAGGCUUGGCAGCGUCCAAACAGAUAAUAAUGAUAGACCCAUCCAUGAUGUGAAGAUUCUACGGACCUUGGUCAAGGAUUAAUGUCAAUAAGCUAUUACCGAUGCAAACGAUCUGGUUCCAGAAUGGUCAAGACACCAGCAGUAGUUUCUUGAAUAUCUCGUAUCAUUCGUAAGCGCGAUGAACAAUUUAUUUGGAAGACUUUUUUAACAGAGGCAGAAAUUUUGAAAAAAGAAAAUAGAAGAAGAGGAAAUUAUCCAUCUGGAUUUGUAGUUUUCUUUUUCUUCCUUCUCUUUUAGAUUUCAAUUAAGCUUCUUUAGUUUUGGCUGUCGUUAACUUCGAAUGGCUUGAUCUCCCUAAUAUAAGCUUAAAGCAACCAUUUAGCCA